AUUGUACCCCUGCCUUGUUUUAAUUUUGGUAAUAUUUACGUCGGCUUACUUCACCAUUAUUACCAUUUAGCUUGGUUAUUUCAGCUAUAGUAUCGCCCUAUUCGGUCAAGUAGCACAACAUCUUGAUCACGAAAAUGUUCGCACGGUUAAUCGUAAGUAAAGCAGGUACACGACAAGUACGGAAUUUGUCCAUGGCUGUCGGAGUUCCGAAUUUCAUGCUGGCCGUCGACAAGGGUUAUCGUUCACGCGACAUCGCAGAUGUUGGCAGCAUACCCAUCGACGCACUUGAAGGUGUGGGCAAGGACGCCGCGAAGUCAUGGAAGAAGAUGGGAGUAAAGACAGUUCGGGACUUAUCAGAUGGGCUGAGGCCAUCAGCCAUUUAUCUCACUUCCACACCAACAAGGAGAACCAGGGCGAAUUCGGUGUUGACAUUCUCGGCACGGUCAUCGACUACAGCCAUCUCAUAGGCAGUCUACAGGACAUAGUGGAUUCUGAUGUGCAAGCUCUCAAGGGAGUAGGCCCGGUGACUACCAGCUGUCUCAACCGGAUAGGGAUUCUGACGAUCAGGGACUUAGCACAAUACCGGCAUAGGCACACGGCCAUCGCGUUGAUGACGAUGGGUGAUGCCCAGAAUACGUUAAAACACAGCAAUGAAGGCACACAAAUCCUAAGAGGCUAUGCCGCCCACUAUUUGGCCGAUUGAGGUCUUCCGUCUUGUCGUAACUACGAGCCAGAGGUGUUUGAAUCGUCGA